UAGAUCUAUAAAUUUUGAACAGUAAAACUAUUCAUACUUUUAGAUCUAAUAAAUUAAUAUCAUUUAAUAAACAGUUGAUAUUUAUGUUUAGCCUUCAUUUGCUGAAAAAAUAACCCGCGUUUAAUCAUGGCAAUAUAGGAAUGUCAGUAUUAGAGCGAAACUUCCUGUAAACGUAUUUCACUUGGAGUGAGUUACCCGUCGCACCCGUCACAGCACAAAUGUGACAUACAACAAUGCAGUGGAUAAAUAAAAGCCAGUUCCAUGGCCAGGUCAAAACGGCUGGCCUGGAAAAAUCGAUGCAGUGGAAAACUGGCAAUGUUGAUUUUGACUAUGACCCAGAAACAGACACCUGGAAGGUGAAACUGUUUUUCAAGGUCAACCCUAACAGAGCGUCACACGAAAUUCUGAUUAAAAAUUCGGUGUCACUGUCAUUGAAAUGUGGACGUCUCAUCGUUGAUGACAAAAAUGGGGAUGGGAUCCAUAUCAAGUUGACAAGCAACGAUGUGGCUUCCGCCAAAGCAUUAAUUUCCCAGAUACAGAAAUCAGAGCCUAUAGGUCAGAGUCAUAACAAGGCAGAGGUUGGACUUACAUCCAAGGCCUCAAUCCUGUACAAAAAGGGUACUGAGAAUGUAAGUCCCCCUGACCACUCAUUACUGCUGACCAACCAACAGAACAGAGUUGCACAUAAUGGUGAGGUCAAGGCUAGGACGCCCACGCAUGGUCCAACCUCAACACCCAAUCAAGCCCUUAAAAGUAACAGGACAGUAAAAACUGACCCGAAUCAGAAUGGAUUGUGUACAGAUGAGGAGGAUAUGGACCUAGAGGCUAGCACGACUCAUGGAAAGUUUACCGGGGUGAAGGAUAUUGCUACAAGAGCCCCAAACCUACACAAUGGACCCUCUGUGGCUAGUGGACUGGGAACCAAAAGAUUCUAUGGAUCUCAGAGUACUUCUACUUUUGAUCAUCCCAACAAAGAAAUUAAGAACACUCAAGCCACUAGUUCAAGUGAAGACAGAAGCCCUAAGCUGAAGAGAGCUAAGCUGACAGACGGUUACAACUCUCCUACCUCAUCGUCACUCACUGGGAGCUACAGCCAGGGUAAAAUGCCCCUUGUUGUACCAGAUGCCUCCAGAGGGUCUCCACAAGAGGAGGAGGUUACUUUGGUGCAGGCUGAAGGGGGUGAUGCGUCUCAGAGAACUGUGGGGUUUGACAACCUCGGCAACACAUGUUUUAUGAACUCGCCCUUGCAGUGUUUGUCCUCUCUCGAGCCUCUCUCUAUAGACUUUCAAUCAGCGGUGAUGGAGUAUGGUCUAGAUCUCAAGGCGAACUCUAUAACCAGGUUGCUGUACCUGCUGAUGAAGGAUGUCAGAAAGUUGGAUGCUUGUCCAGAGAGAGUACGUCAAAUUUUGACAAGGCUGCGUCAUGACAUCAACAGAAAAUUUGCGCUCAAUACACAACAGGAUGCGCAUGAACUCUUGGCUGAGCUGUUGGAUCGUACAGAUGAGGAAAUGAAACAAGUCAUGAGGAAUAGAAACAUGGAGGCUCUUGAAAAUGCAUCCUCUUCUGCCUCCAACUUUUCGAACAUGUCACCUGGGACACCCAUCGAGACAAACUUCAUGUGGUUUUACAAAACCUCUUUCUUCUUCCAUGAGUGUAAAACUGAGGUGAUAUCCCAGCAUGAAGAGAAAGAUACCACCCUGAUGUUAGCCCUUGAUUCAAAUAAAGACAGCAACCUACAGGAUUGCAUCGACAGAUAUUUUGAAUCAUCGGAAGUCGACAUGCGAUGUGAGAAGUGUGGCAAGGAGGAGAAAGCUACCAUGACCAGGAAAAUUGUUCGAAGGCCCAGGAUAUUUAUAAUGAACCUGUUGAGGUACCAGACAGAUAAUGCAGAGUCUAAGAAAAAAAUGGAUAAAGUGGCCAUAAGCAGUUAUACUAGUGUGGCAGAGUACUGCGCAGAGGAUGUGAAGGCACCGCCUUUCAUGGAGCCAUUGUUCAUGUUCGAAAGAGAAGAUAUCCUAACUAAGCGUCAGAGCUUUUCACCUCCACAUUCAAGUGCAGACCCUGUCUCGCAAGGACCUUUCACCUCUCGCACUGACGGCUACACCAGUUCGCCAUGGAGCCAUGCUUUACCGAGGGCUGGGUUUGAUAUGCGGAAACGCGCAAUGGAUGAUUUGUGCUCAGACUCUUCUCUGGAUUGCGAGCUUAUACAUCUAAAACCUUCCGUUUUAGGCAGCUUUGCAGAGUCUGCCAGGAACCAACCAUUUCCUCUGCUGACAUUAGCUAUAAAUGAGGGAGAUUCUGGCUCUAUGGAGCCGAAGGAAAUACAAUGCAUUGAAAAUUUUAACGCUCCUCUGGCCUCAUUCCAAGAUACUUUCUGUGGCAUGAGCCCACCAGACUCUGGAGGAUCUGACACAGAAUCAUCUGCCUUCAGCCUUAAUCGUCAAAGGAAGAAAUGUUUUCGCUCUAAGAAAAGUUCAAAAUCUCCAGAAGAGUCCUUGGACAGCUGGAAACACUUGAAGCUAGAGGACAAGCCGCAACCCAUAGGGCACCAUUUGAAGCGUAUGAAUACAUCAAAGCCCUACGAUCCAUACAUCAAUACAUGGUGUGAAGACAUGUUCUACACGUCCGUGUCAGAAGCGGUGACGAGGUCACCUUCCCCUGUAUCCUCCAAUGAGAAAGAUGAGAUGCCUCCUCUAUUACCCCCUCUUUUUUCAAUUGUGGCACCUCAGUACCAACUGUGCCCCUAUGGGGCAGAUCAUUUGGCAACUCGUAUAAAAAACAGAGUCAACACUUUAAUGUCCUGCAACCCCAAGCAGAAGUCUCAUGGUGACCUGCCAGAUUUAAUUGUGCCUGCGGUCAGGUGUGAGAUGAGUUGUAGUACUAGCUUGACCAUUGACACGGGAUCAAACCCAGACUCCCCAAUGAAAGAGGUCUCCAAACAGCCGCUAGUCAAGAAAGUAGUUCUGGUUGACCCUAAAAAAGGUGAUGGCUGUGAUGCAGAUGUCAAGUUGCUUGUUCAGACUCUGAUAGAAAAGUUUUGGGAGGUGGAGAAGUAUAUCCAUGAGUUUGGUGGGGAUUUGGAUUACCUUUACGUGGAAACCAGGAGCGUCAUUUCUGAAGUCAAUCAGUUUGUGGAACAAAUGAAAAAGAGUGUAGAGGAUGUGGAGGCCAGAAGUAAGACCCCUGAAACUAGUGACCAGGACAGCGGCUACUUACAAGAGAAUCAGGGGGCUCUGUGUCAUUCUCUCAUUAACCGAGCUCUACACGACGACACAUCUGCUAAUGAGCUAGAUGGUUUUCUUGACACUCAUGACUGUACUUUGAUCUGCAACGAGAUUCUCAGCACUCGCUAUAACGCUUACACCAAAGAAGAUAAAAAGGUUGACCACUUCAUAGAAGACCUUGGCCUCUACCUGGCCGCUAAAAGGCUUGGCAUUGCUAAGCCUGACACGCCAAAGAAAACUAAAGGUCAAACCCAGUCUGCCAGCGUGUUCCAAGAUAGCGCUUGUAACACACGGAUACCAAGAGAACGGGAAGAUUCUCAGUGUGCAGAGGCAGGAAGUGACGAGGAAGUCUCCUUUAAAAAGGAAGUCGCCAAAGAAAAAGUUGAACUUGAGGAUGGGACGCAGUUGAUUCCUGGAUUUCAAAUGGAUACCUUAUGGUGUGAGACAGACAAGGACAAGCGCACUCCCAAAAUAGAGUGUGAACCAGUCGACGCAUCUUCUUUUGGUGGUACGGGGCUGCGACAAACAGAGCAUCAAUACUUCAACCCUGAAUCUUCUGCCAAUCUGCUGCUUGGUAAGGACGUAGGGCUGUAUACUGAGGCGGAACUGCAGACAAUAGACGUGAGCUCGUUGACAGAAGAUGAGAUGAUGCUCUAUGCCCAGGCCCUCAGCAAGCUGGAGUAUAUGAAGGAGAACGGCUCCCUAGCUAACGAAGAUGACAUGGAGUUGUGUGAUAUGGACGAUAAGCCUAUCGUUGACCCGAUGCUCUCGGGGGGUCCUCUCCUAGAGCACCACUCUGAUGAGGAUUGGGUUGGUGUGGACGUCUCAGGGUGUAAACCGCAGUGCACUGAAACAUGCACUGAACUAAACCAACAAAGUAAACAGUUGUCUCCUUCUCACGAACUAUCUGAUAAAAAUCUCAAGCUCAUCUGUGACGAAGAUCUCUGUGAUUUUGAUGAAAUAGACGGGGCUAAAGGCAGCCGUCAGAAAAAAUCAAAGAACAGAGAGUGGCCAGAAGACUCUCAGCAUAAUUGGCUAGAACUGGAGUCCACUAUUCCAAAGUACUGUGAUUUCUGUAAUGAAGUGUUUGAGGGGGAGUGCCUGUCGUGCAGUGUUAUGAAUCAGCCAAGCAUGGAUGAGAGUCCUCCACCUCCAUAUGAAAGUGGCAGUUCAAGUGGUAAGUCGUCGACAGACUCUAAGCAAAGUGCUCCUCGGGUCCUCUCAGAUAAGUGCAAUACUCCCCCAGAUAACAGCAAAAAAGGGUCAAAUAGCAAAGACGUUUCACCUGUGACCUCUGACUCUGCAAAAGUUGCCAGUGAUCUGGCCGCUUCAGAAAAAGCUUAUAAACAGACUGAUGAUAACGACCAUGUAGUGCCAAGUCUUCCAGCACUCUGCAGCUCUAGUAAAGUGGACAAGUUCUUUUCACCCUCCAAACCAAAUAAUCUAACGAAAUCCAGAGACUAUUCGAGGCUCCGUAGCCCCUCAGCCUCUCCGAGGAAGAGAAACAAAGUCAAUGUGAAGUCAAGCUCAGCCUCGAAGAGGCUGCUCUUUCCCGGAGAUGACAGGGGUGAGAGAAGCGAAGGGUCAUCCUACUUGGACGAUGGUCCCCCCUUUCAUGACCUAAGCAGAGAUUUAGACACUUCACUUGAGGUCAACAUUGGUGAGAGUUCAUUUGACACCAGAGAUGAGAGCUUCAUGACCCCAGUGUCUUCAUACACUAGAGUAGGCCUGCCUGGCACACCGUUCUCCCCUAUGGGCAGACAACCAGGCAGCUCAUCUCAUGCCAACUCCACCCCCAAAGGGUCAACUUCUGCCAAGCAGGACUCCAAAUUAGGCAACAUUCAACAGAUGGACUUGGCACACAGUGGCCCUGCUCAGGUGUUGCAGAUCAAUCAAUCGCAGGCUGACCUUGUUAAAGAUCAGAAGGACCCGACCUCCUGUGCCGUGCCCCAAAAGGACAUAGGUACCAAAGAAAAGUCUCAGGAUUUAAUAAGAGACAAAACUCAGACUCUUGGGAAAUCCAAAUUAUCCAGAUACUCUUACACCAGCAGUUCAAACACUGAGGAGAAAGAAAAUGAUCCAGCUGACCAGGCAAAGAAUGUACGCAUGGAAAAUAUAGAGAUGGGUAAAGCAGAUUUUUCCUACAGACUUGUUGGUAUAGUGAAUCACCAUGGAGAGUCUCUCUUUGCUGGUCACUACACAGCCUUUGCUUACAACUUAAGCAAACAGAAAUGGUUCUAUAUGGACGACAAGCACACCAAAGAAACUUCUGAGACCACUGCUAAAAGAGAGAGCUUGCAUUCUGGCUACGUCUUCUUCUACAUGGACAAAGAUUUGUUUCAUGAAUAUGAAGCUAAAGUUCGGAGGACCAGCGGCAUGAAAACAUAAAAUGUGAACAAUUUGUUUCCUUUCUUUUAUUGUACUUUUAAUGUUACUGUAAAGGUUAAGAUUUGUCUACAUUUUUAAUGGCAGGUAACAUAUUGUAGUUGUAUUGACUUUGUUAGCAUUCAACUUUAUCCAAAGUCAUAAAUCUAUUCCCCAUCGUCCCUUUCACCAUAUGUUUUUAAAAUGUAUUUAUAUUAUAAAUGGCAGAUUAAUGUGAUGUUUUUUUAUUUCUUUGCUCAAAUCUUUUUCAUGGGGUCAUUGCCAGUAUAGGGGACAUCUUUUUAAACAUUUUAAUCUAGCAAAACAUAUUUUAGCUUGACCUCUAACCCUGAUUCCAUCCUGUCUUCAUCAAUCAAAGACUUGUCGUUUUUUCUUGUUUAAUUUAUUUAAAACAUUCUCUUAUUGUUGGAGGGGGGUGGGGCAAAUGCUCACUGCUGUGUAGUGAGUCUUAUCACUCAUUGUAAAUGUCUCGGCUGUUUCAUGUACAGUAUCAUAUUAAUAUAUAUUUCACAAUGAAAACUAGUAUAAAUAUUAUAUUUUGUGUUGUGGCAUGAGUAUUGUAUGUUUUUAACAUUUACCAUCAUAGAACAAUUGUUUAAAAAAAAACUUAAAUUUUUUUGACUUUAACAAAUCAAAAGACUAUUGUUGUUUUUUCCCCCUAAUUUAAAUCAUUUAGUCAGAAGUAUAAAUCUAGAAUCCUGGUGUUUUAAUAUAAAGAAUCAGUUUGUUCUAUCCUGUCCAGACCAACAGCAUCCAGAUAACUCUCUGAAGCUCAAAUUUAGUUCCUUGGUUUUAAUCUCCCCUUGAAUUGUCCAUUGACAGACACUGAACUCGUUUCCUUAUUGUGUUUCUACCUCAUGUCUGUCUGAUGGACAUAAGUUUAGUCUUAGUAAGUGGUUCUCAUGUAAUUAAACUUUUAAGUGCAGUAGCUCCUCACUCUAAUUUAUUUUAGCCUGUAUGAAUGUGGAGAUGAAGCCUGAGAUUAGUCACUUUGUUGUUGUUGUACCAGAAUGUACAUUGAAUACAAUAAAUGCAUAUAUUAAUUAAAA